UCGCGUAUUUGUAGUUGUACAAUUUUCAUUAAAAAAUUAAACAAAAUAGCAUGAAAUCAUAAAAAAUAUAGGUAUACCACAGUGUAAAAGUGUUCCCAACAACAAGUGAGUGCAGCUGGAGUGCACAGCAUCGGCGGAAGACAAACCGCAUGCCUCGACAUCAGCAGGCAGAAAAAAUGGCCGCGGCUGCAACUUUCCCAGACUCAUGUUUUUUGCGAAAAAACCAAUUGUAACAAUUGAUUGUCCGAGACGUGUUUGUUUGCCAGGCCCUCCCGAAAUAACUCCAAAUGGAGGAACAGCUGGAGCUGCAGGAGGAUCUGCUUUCCCUGGACGGUGGUAAUGGAGGAGUAGGAGGCGGCGUUGCAGGCACAAAUCAAAAUGCAAAUGAGCAACACCUGAAUGACUCAGCUGUUGGCGGUUCGCCCUCCACUAGCGCCAGUCCCAAUACAACAGGAGGCGGAGGAGGAGCAGUAGGAGGUGGUGGAAGUGGAGCGACACCCACAAAGAGCCCACAGCGUAAUGCUGCUUUCCAGGAAGAUGCUUAUCAGGCAGCCCUGCCUGUCGUCAGCAGCGGCAGCGGUGGCGGUGGCGAUACCGUCGAUAACAGCGAAACAACGCAGCAGCAACAGCUGGUGGACAGCAGCAACAGCGCAAACGCGGGAUCACCGGGCAACGUGGGACAGCAGCGUCAUUCCAUAAACUCGGCCGAGUAUACUUCAACGCCAAAGACCAGUCGGAAUGGUCCGAGCAGCACUGGCAGCGGCGGCACCACAUCGCCCAUUAAUUACCAACUGCCAGGCGAAGACUAUCCCUAUGGGAUCGAAUAUGAAUCACAGCAACAACUGGAAUACCACCAGCAACAGCAGCAGCUGCCAGUGAGCAGUCUAGAGCUAAUCUCAUCGUCAUCCGUAUCCGCAUCUGUGUCUGCAUCAGCAUCGGCUUCGCCAUCACCGGCCAUAGCGUACCAGAGUGUGCCGGCCAAUCGACAGAGUUACGCCUCGCCACCGGCCUUGGUGAUACCACAGCGGCAGUCGCUGUUGCCGUGGGGCGCCCACUCGAGGAGCUCCAUCAUCAACGUCCUUCCCAGCUAUACGCAGGCAGAGAUGCACGCUCUGGCGGCGAGUGUGGCCGGCGUGGAGCUAUCUGGUGCUCCACGUCCGGGCGAAAUUGUGAUGCGGAAUCUCUUUAGUGAUUUCACAGCCCAGGCGGAAAAGAAGAUCGAGCUGGUGAUGCUGGAGAGUGCGGACAAGAACCUCUCGAAGCUGCUGCAGCGCGGCGAGGAUCAGCAGUUUGAUCAGUUGUUAUCGGCUUUGGGAUCGGUGGCCGAGCACUGUUUGCCCUCGCUGCUGCACACGCUCCUCGCCUGGCACCGCCGCCAACUGUCCGACAUGGAGAUUAAGAACGAUCUCAAGAAGCCGCCUCCCAACAGCGCCCAGGCGGCUGCCAGCAAUAGCAACAACAACAAGCCCGUAGAUCUGGAUUUUCAGCUGCAGCGUCGUGAGGCGGCAGUGGAGUUUAUUUUCUGUUUGGCUCUGAUUGAGAUACUCAAGCAGCUGCCGUUCCAUCCGGGCCACGAGGAUCUGGUGCGCAGCAUCGAGAAUCUCGCCUUCAAGCACUUUAAGUACAAGGAUGGCCUGCAGAACAAUCCGAAUGCCCACAACAUACACAUGAUCGCCGAUCUCUAUGCGGAGGUGAUUGGCGUCCUGGCCCAAAGUCGCUUUGCGUCGGUGCGCAAGCGUUUCAUGAGCGAACUCAAGGAACUGCGCGGCAAGGAGGCCUCACCGACGACCACACAGAGCAUCAUCAGCCUGCUGAUGGGCAUGAAGUUCUUCCGCGUCAAGAUGGUGCCCAUCGAGGAGUUUGAGGCCUCGUUUCAGUUCAUGCACGAGUGCGGACAGUACUUCCAGGAGGUGAAGGACAAGGAUAUCAAGCAUGCCCUUGCCGGACUCUUUGUGGAGAUCCUGGUGCCAGUGGCAGCGGCUGUCAAAAACGAGGUGAACGUCCCAUGUGUGAAGAACUUUGUGGAGCUGUUGUAUGUACAGACAUUGGAUGCUUCCACAAAGUCCAAACAUCGGCUGGCACUUUUUCCGCUGGUCACCUGCCUGCUCUGCGUUUCGCAGAAGACCUUCUUCUUGACGAAUUGGCACUACUUCCUGGCCAUGUGCCUGAGCAAUCUGAAGAAUCGCGAUGCCAAAAUGAGCCGCGUGGCCCUGGAGUCGCUGUACCGACUGCUGUGGGUCUACAUGAUCCGCAUCAAGUGCGAAUCCAACUCUGCGACGCACUCCCGCCUGCAGAGCAUUGUGAAUUCGCUCUUUCCCAAGGGCUCCAAGGGAGUUGUGCCACGCGACACACCGCUGAAUAUCUUCGUGAAGAUCAUCCAAUUCAUUGCCCAGGAGCGUCUGGACUUUGCCAUGCGUGAAAUUGUCUACGAUCUGCUGUGUGUAGGGCGAUCCAUUAAGCUUAUACUCAAUCCAGAGCGCAUGAGCAUCGGCCUGCGAGCCUUUCUGGUCGUUGCAGACUCGCUGCAGCAGAAGGACGGCGAACCGCCGAUGCCGCGCACUGUGCCGGUGCUGCCAUCGGGCAACACGUUGCGUGUGAAGAGGACCUACAUCAAUAAGAUGCUCACCGAUGACACGGCACGCAGCAUUGGCAUGUCCACGUACUUUCCGCACGUGCGUAGAGUGUUUGUGGACAUCCUGCGAGCCCUGGACGUGCAUUACGGCCGACCGCUGAUGAUGACCAACACGCAGAACCAGAACAAGGAGCCGGACGAGAUGUUGUCCGGUGAGCGAAAACCGCGCAUUGAUCUUUUUCGGACGUGUGUGGCCGCUGUUCCUCGCCUGAUACCCGACACGAUGACCGCCCACGAGCUGGUCGAUCUGCUGUCCCGCCUGACCGUUCACAUGGACGAGGAGCUGCGCAUACUGACGCACCAGUCGCUGCAGACGCUGGUCAUUGACUUCCCGGAUUGGCGUCAGGAUGUCGUGCACGGUUACACCCAGUUUCUGGUGCGCGACGUCACCGACACCUAUCCGCAGCUGUUGGAGAACUGCACGCGUAUCUUGUUCGUUUUCCUCAACAUUUGGCGCUGUGCGAUCAAUGUGAAUGGCAACAAUGCGCCCAGUGCCAGUAGUGCACCCAGCGGUGGCACAGCCAAUGCGGCCCAACCAAAAGCGACGGCAGUGACAGUGGGAGUGGCGACAGCUCCGGAUGUGAAUGCUGUGGCAGCAGCCACUGCCACCGUGGCCAGCAAGGACACCACCAGCAGUCAGCUGUCGAAACAGCAGCAUCUAAAUACGGCCAGCAGUGCUGCCAGUAGCAUAACCACAUCCAGUGGCAUGUCCAGCAUCACCCAGCACACUGUGCUGAAUAUGGCCGGCGAUGCGAACAAAAAGAACGAGAUACCCUUGGCCACCACACUCCAUUUUGUUGAGGGCUUUGCCCUGGUGCUGCUUUGCAACUAUCGUCCGUAUUUGCGGAAGCUUGCCGCCAUGAUUCUGAAGGAGGCCAAGAAUCUGAUGCGUGCCCUGGGCAUACCCGAAACGGAGCCGCCACUCAUUGAUGUUAUGGAUCGAUGUGUGCCUUCGAUUGUGGAGAAGUGUCUGCCCCUGCUGCCGCAAACAGAAAAGACGGCCAUACUCAAUGCUAACUGCAUUGACCUGCAGUGGAUAGCCGAGCGCUCGAGUGGCGUCUGGCUGGCAGGACUCACAGAUGACACCUCAAAGUCUUCAACGUCCACGCUCAACUUGUCUCAGGCCAGCUCAACUGCAGCUGGUGCUGCGGCCAUUGCGGCGGCUGCCAGCACCGCACAGCCGCCAUUCGAUCCCUGGGCCACCUGUCUGUUUGGCCUGUUGGAACGUCAGCGCAUCCUGCAGCAGUGCCCAUCGGCCGUUGCCCAGGCCUGGCCCAUUUGCUUUACGCGACUCAAUGCCCUCUACAGUGUCAUAGAUCCCACCCCCGUAAGCGACAAUCGUGCCUCAUUGCUGCGCAGCUCAGCGCCCACCAAGAAAGUGCCCACCGAAAGCCAAAAGGAUUCCUAUCUUCGCUUGUGGCGUAAUCAGGUGGCGUGUGCGAUGCGCCUAGUGCCACAAAUUCCCAGCGUAGCGGUGCGCUGUGCCUCGCCCGACCUGAGUUUGAGUUUGCAAGAUCAGUCGGACUCGCGUUCGCUGUCCGAUUCCCUGGACAAUAUACCAUCCAAUGUCUUUGGGCCCGAGGGAAUUGUCACGCGUUUCACGCUGCCGCUCUCCUAUGGACGCAAAGAGGCGCGCCAAAAGCGACUUGGCUCAUCGCCGGACUCCCUGAACGCCGAUCGCAGUGACAAGUCUGCCAUGGGCAGCGCCUCACCCCAUGCCCUCUACAAGCUGGUGGUACCCCUCCUGCGCUGCGAGGUCGUGGAUGUGCGGGAUGCCGCUGUCAAUGCGCUUGGCCUGAUAAACCACGAUGCGCUCAAGGAUCUGAUGGAGGAGCUUGUGCUGUACAUACGCGAGGCAGUCGAUCGCAAGCAGGAGAACAUGCGGCGGAGGCGUCGACGCGAUGCCCUACGCCUGCAAGUGGUCAGAGUCCUUGAGAAGAUUGCCGAGAAUGGAACCUUUGGAGUGAGCACCUGUGUACUGGAACGUGACACGAUGUCGCUGCAUCCGACUUUUGUGGAGUACAUCGAGGGGGCCAUGGCCUAUUUAAUGGCCGAAACGGACAAGGACAACCUCAGCAUACGCGAGGUGAAGGCGCAUUUUUGCAAUUUCAUACGCAAAAUGAUUAAGAACUUCUCAUUGGAAUCCUGUGCUACGCUGCUGAUGCGCGACCUGAAGCGUAAUCUAUUCAAUUUGUUUGCCACGUGGUGUGGCAGCUUCUCCAAGCCGCUGAGCAUUACCUCGCAAAUUGGCCAGACCCUUGAAGAGGAGAAGCUGCAGUUCAGCGCCUUGCAGGCAAUGUCCGCUCUGCUCUGCUGCGGCCACAUCUUCUAUGCGCCGCACCUGCAAGACGAUGGCAUCAUAUACAAGUGGCUGGAUCUGCUGCUUACCUCUAAGGAUGAAAAGAUCUAUCAAUUGGCUCGGGAUACGGUGGUGCUGCUGCUGGAAUCUAAUCCGGACAUGGGCCAACUACUUGAGUGGGUCAUUGAUCGUUGCUAUACAUCGACGCCACGCGAAGCGGAUGCCUGCUUCCUGGCCCUGGCCUCGAUCUUCAGCGCCAAAGAAUAUCCGUGCGACCAUUACACAUCGGUUAUAACCGUGACGCUCCUGAUGACGGGCUGUCCGCGCGUGGAGGUGCAUGCCACCGCUCUACAGCUGCUACAGAUCCUGGACAAGCGCUUCUUCGGCAGUGUCGUUGGGACCCUGCACAGCGACAACGAGAAAGAGGACGACAAGGUAGGAACUCUGGAUGUGCUCCUGAGCAACGCCUACUGCCGCUCUCAGCGAUUCCUCUCCAAGCAGCUGGCCCAGCUCCGGCCAGAGCUCACCAUGUCCAUAUUGUCGGAGAUAACGCAUCGCUUUCAGAGUGCCCGCGAGGAUGUGCGCGCCCUGCUGCUGCAGUGUCUGCUGCCCUGGCUGCAGAACAUGGAGCUGGUGGCCACGAGUGUGCCACCAGCCACGCCCCUCUCCUACAUAAUGUACUUUCCGGAUUCGGGCACACGGGGCCGCCGCGAGGGCACCGGAUCCACGGAGGCAACGGAAAUGAUUCUGAACAAUCUCUUUUACAUAACUUCCAAGUUCUCGGAUGCCCAUCCGCGCGACAUCGAGGAGCUGUGGGGCACCUUGUGCCAGUUCUGGCCCAACAAUCUGAAGGUCAUUCUGCGCUAUCUGGUCAUCAUGAGCGGCAUGGCCCCCACCGAACUGCUGCCCUAUGCCAAGCGUGUGGCUCUCUAUCUCGCUCGUAGCUGUCCGGAUCGACUGCUGGAUGAGCUGAUGGCCGAGCUGCAGACAGUGGAGACUUUGAACUGUCUGAUUGAGCGCACGGAGACGCCUCCCUUUUAUCGGCUGACCAGCAUGCGGAAGGCCUCUAGUCACAGUGCUGAUGGCCAAGCUGUGGGCGGCAUAAAUGACUCCAGGAUUCAAGAUUUGGCCGUGGAAAAGGGCACCAUACACACCAAACGCCACAGCGGCGAGGAUCCCAUUAAAAUUGGAACCUGCAAGUCGGACAGCGGCAUUCGGGCCUAUACCCAAGCUGCAGCUGCCGCAGCCGCCGCUGCUGUCACGCCCGGCUCUGGCGGAAGUCGUCCACCCCGUGGCGCAGACAAGAUACGGGCCGCCUCUGGUCCGUCUAUACUGCCCCGACCGGAGGACAUACUGAUCAAUGACCCGGAGCUGCGACAGGAGGAAAAUGUGGAGCUGCGCGGCACUUCAGACUCGCAACCAAAUGCCCAUCCACAUCCCCUGCCUAUGCCCGAAUAUGGCGGAUACUUUGCACCACUCACCGAGUUCCUGCCGGAUGUCAGUUUGCCCAUCAGCGGAUUCCAUCGAUGCAACGUAGCCGUGAUGCUGCUCACAGACAUUGUGGUAGAUGGAAUUCCGGGCAUCGAUUGGACUCUGCAUUUGCCACUGAUGCUGCACAUUCUGUUCCUGGGCCUGGACCACACGCGUAUCAUUGUGCGGGAGCAUUGCAAGCAGCUGUGCGUCAACCUGUUGAUCGUGCUGGCCGAGCACAACGAUCAUCUGACCGUGGCCCGCAUUCUGCUGAACAGCGAGACGAGCAAACUGGACCUAGGCCUGACCGUGCCCGCUCUGCCCGUGAUCGACAACAAUUUCACGGAGCUGCAUCAGCAGUUCGACAGCUAUCUGCUGCAUGUGAGCCCCCAGGCAGCGGCCUAUGCCCUGCAGCACAAUCUGUCCAGCUCCACGAUUAUUGCGGCACACUCCAGCUCCAGCUCCAAUCAGCAGAAUCUGCCGAAAACGCCGCAUAACCUGCUGCAGGCAUCUGGUGGCCAGACAAACACCAAUGCCACGAUCCCAGGUCUGGCAGGUACGCCCGCUGCCCUGCAAAUCAACCCAAACAAUUCGGAGAACUCGGAGGUGCCGCUCAUCAACGCGGACGAGCAUGCACCGCCCCAGCCCGGUCCCAGCAUGCCCAUUGCGCAUGUCAUCAAGAGCCUGCUGAAGUUCCUCGCGCAGGACACGUGCCAGCCGCUGUGGAACUACGAGGACAUCACCGCCAAGGUGUGGGCCGUAAAGUCAGCCGAGCAGCUGAGCUGCUUCCUUAAGCACAUGGUGAAGGUGUUCGCGGACAGCUAUCCACAGGCUCGCAUCGCCGAGCGCUGGGCACAGACCGCAUUGCAGUUGGGACUCUCCUGCUCCUCGCGCCACUAUGCCGGACGUUGCCUGCAGAUCUUCCGGGCCCUUAAUGUGCCCAUCAACUCUCGCAUGCUGUCGGAUAUCCUGUCCAGGCUGGUGGAGACGGUGGCCGAGCAGGGCGAGGACAUGCAGGGCUAUGUGACGGAGCUUUUGCUCACUCUGGAAGCGGCCGUGGACAGCCUCGACUCGGACUUCCGGCCGCUGGAUGUAAUGAAGGACAUUUUCAAGAGCACACCCAAUCUGAACAACAAAGACGGCGGCCCCAACUCCAUUCUGCCCGGCAAGAAGUCGCCUUCGGGCAUGACGCCUCAGUCAUCCAACUACUCGAUACCCAGCCAUGGACGCAGCACCAGCUACUCGGUCUCCUACUGCGGCCGCAAGGCCAACAACUCGCCCUGCGAUAAGCAGUUGGAGCUGAGGAACCGCUCCUCCGGCAUUGACCUCGAGCGCAGCGUUGUCUGCAAGUUCGGUGUCGGCGGAGUGGGCAUGGGCGCUGGCUCGGCCCUCUCGCGAUCCCGUAGCGCCCAAAGCCUGAAAAUGCUAGGCGACACGGCCACGCAGGAUGACAAGAUGACAAUCUUGGCACAGCUCUUCUGGCUAUCGGUGUCGCUGCUGGAGUCGGACUACGAGCACGAGUUCAUGCUGGCUCUGCGCCUGCUGACCAGAGUGCUGCACCGCCUGCCGCUGGAUCGACCAGAUGCAAGGGACAAGGUGGAGAAGCUGCAGCAGCAGCUCAAAUGGACAGCCUAUCCGGGUGUGCAUGCGUUGCUCCUGAAGGGCUGCACUCACAGUGCCACCUACGAGCCGACCAUCACGCUUCUAUCCCAGUUUGCACCGCUGCUGACGCUGCCCGUGUGCGAUCCGACACAGAGUUGCGCCUUCCCCAUGAACGUGAUUGCGCUGCUGCCGUACAUGCUGCUGCACUACGAGGACGCCAACGAGAUCUGCAUACGCAGUGCCGAGAACAUUGCCCAGGUAUCCACGGUUGGGGCCAAGCUCGAGAAUCUGGGCACCGUGAUGUUGCUGUACAGCCGCAAGACCUUCUGCAAGGAGUCCUUCCAGUGGACAAAGUGUGUGGUCAAGUAUCUGCACGACACGUACGCCCACAUGGGUCUCCACAUGGUGGCCUUCCUCAUCGAGGUGCUGGAGAAGGGGCCGCAGCAGGUGCAGGUGCCCGUUUUGAAUGUCAUCCACUGCAUGCUGCACUACGUCGAUCUGUCGGCACCGCAGGCCCAGACCAUUAAUGCAGAUUUGUUGCGUGCCAUUGGAAAAUACUUGGAUACGGUGAACUGGAAGGACUCGCUGAAGAUCCUCAAGCUGAUUGUGACACGCAGCUCCUCGCUGCAGGUGGUGCCGCCCAGCGAUGGCAGCAGCGCCGGCUUAUCGUUCUCCUUCUACGGCGCAUAUCCGGACUCGGAUAUGUUCUGUAAAAAGGAACUGGCCGGUCGCACCAUGGAGUUCACCUUUGACGUCUCGCAAACGCCACUCAUCGGCCGCCGCAUCCUGCUCAAGAAUGAAGAGUCAGUCCCCGCCGGAGCUGCAUCCACCACGGGCAGCUCUUCGCUGAAUUCCACCCUGACCAAUGCCACAACCGUGACGGUGGCGCCCAGUGCCCAGCAGCAGGCCAAUGCACAGCUGCAACAGCAACGCGCUCAAUCGAAUGUGGCGGCCAUUGCCGCAGCGGCUGCUGCCCAGCAUCAGCAACAGCAUGCGAUCGGAGCAGGAAGCAGCCUGGUGGGCACACCGAACUCGCCACGGCGCAGUGCAAGCUUGUCGCCGGCGGAUACCGUGCCCCUGAGUGGAUGGAAGCGUCCCUGGAUGUCGCAGUGUCGCGUGCGUGAGUGUCUGGUCAAUCUGCUGACCACCUGUGGCCAGCGUGUCGGCCUGCCCAAGUCGCCAUCGGAUGAUUUCAUAAACUCAAUUUGCUCAAAGUCGUUAAGCACGUCACUACUAACCGGAUCGAUUGCGACCAGACAAAGCGUUAUCUUCAGCCAGUCGUCGGAUCUGAUGGAGCGGCAGUCAUCGGCCGCCUCUUCCACCGAAGAGACAUCGGGUCCCCAGGGCGAUCUGAGCAGCGGUUCGCGUCGCGACGAUGGCCAGCCCGACUUCACCGUCUUCAAGGACUUUGACUUCCUUGAGUAUGAGGACAGCAUUGCCGGCGAGUCCACGGACAACUUUAACUGGGGCGUGCGUCGUCAUCAGUUGUUCGAGGGCGAUGAGGACCGUCUGAAUUGCGGCAGUGGCAUCGGCGGCUCCAUCAAGGGAGGCCAUUCUUCCGCCCUGGAGGACAGCUUCAGUGACAAGACGCCGAUACUGAGCAAGCGCAAACGACAGACUGCUGACGAUUCCUCCGAUGAAGAAGCCGAAUCCGAGUCCCCCCUGGAUGAGGAUCAUCGCCAGUCGUUCCUUAAGUCUGGCUACAGUGCUGUGCCUCCCACAUCCCUCAGUCUGCGUGAGAGGCGGCGUCGUAACUCUGUCUCGCGGAGUGACACCAGCGGCUCCAGUGCUGGCGACCUGGGCGAUAUAACGCCAUGCAACGCCUCGCCGCACUUGCCGGGCAUCAUAAGGUUCGGUGCCGCCAUUCGGGAUGAGGCGGAGGAGAACUGGCGGCGUCAGUUGCAGGCCAUGCUGGUGAACCAGCCCUCGGCUCAGACAUCGGAGCUGCUACAGCAACUCUACAGGCUGGUCAAGGAGAUAACCUUCAAGACGAUUAGCAUUUCAAAGGAGGCAAAGAAGUUCUUCACUGGCAUUGGCUCCCAGCUGGGCAAUCGGAUCUCUCUAUUCACCGACCUACUGAGCUCUCGGGCUGAUCCGCCCCAGGUGUGGUGCAGCGAGUUGCAAGCUACUACUCCCAAGCUGUUCGAGACGCUGCGCUUCAAUGUGCUGGAAGUGCAAGAGCAUUUGGAGACUUUCUUUGACCGCAAGGACCAGGUCUUGGAGUGCCUCGAUGCGGUAAAGACCAGUUGCAAGCUGUCGCUCUUCAACGAAUCCGAUGUGGCUGCUUCCGGCUUGGAGCUGCCCAGCUGCUCCAGCAUUGCGUACAUGCCAUUUGACCCAGCCUCCACCGAGGUGGUCUUGGACCUGGGACGCUCUUUGUACAAGCUAAUGUUCCAACUGCUGCUGCUUAUUGAAUCGAAUCACAAGAUAUCCUCGAAUGUGGUUAAUCAUUUCCGCAUCAACGAAGACAUGCAUGACAUAUCCGAUCUCUAUGCUCUGGUUCGCGAUGCUUUGGUGCGAUACACCAGUGAAGCCGAACUGGAUUGCCUGGAAUCUUCAACCUCCACGGAGGGUGAUCACACUCCGACUCCGUCGCCCGGCUUGCCCAUGACUCAGGAGGAAUUUGAGACGGCUCUGCACGAGCACAUCGAUCUGCAACGCUGGCCCAGCGCCAUUGCCCAUGUGCGUCAGUAUCGGCGGGUGUCGACACUGGUCGCUGCCGGAGAUCAAAACCUGACCCUGUGUAGCUAUAGUAACCUGGACAGUCGAAUGAAAUGCGAUGAGAUGUCGGUAAUACUGAAUGCAUAUGCGCAUGGCAUCAUGAAGGACCGAACGGCAGAAGCCUUUAUCGUAUCGAAAUCGGAUUCGGAACUGUUUGAGGUAUAUGCUAUACUCUCGGAGAACUUGUAUCAUGUAUCCAGCGCCCUGACCAACAUGGAGAUCAGCAUGAAGAGCUACUCGGCAAGCAGCGCCUCCGGCAAUCUGCAUCGCAGCGAACAGGACAUUGUGACAAAUCUUUAAAUACGACUACACGUAGGCUAAGUUUAUAGCAAAUCUAAGCUACUUUUAUACAUAUGUAAUCUGUUAGCCCGUAAGAAGCAUUGUAGACACUACAAUGUAGGUAAGCGAUCAUUAUUAUUGUGUGCGAUCAAAUGUGUUUUAGGUACGAUCUAAAUAUUUAUCAAUUACAGAGCGCAACCCAUCAUUUACUCUCCCGAAAGAA